AUUAGGAACCGACCCUCCGGCUAAUAGGGGAGCGGCCAACAGCUACGAGCCUCGGAGCUGGUAGAGCCGAAGCGGGGACUCCUUGAGGACGGCGCUGGCGCAUCUGUCCCUCGGGACUGACCUCCCUUUCCUUGCAGGUUUUAAGCCCCGGAGGAUACAAUGUUCGCUAAACUCUUCCAGCAGUGGAGUUUCGCAGUGUUCCUGCUGAGUUACUCCGUGCCCUCCUACGGGAGAUCAGUCGAGGGGAUCAGCCGCAGACUCAAACGGGCUGUUUCGGAGCACCAGCUAUUGCAUGACAAGGGCAAGUCAAUCCAAGACCUACGAAGAAGAAUAUUCCUUCAAAAUUUAAUCGAAGGCGUCAACACUGCAGAGAUCCGUGCAACAUCAGAGGUGUCACCCAACCCUAAACCUUCCACCAACACCAAGAACUACCCCAUCCGGUUUGGCAGCGACGAUGAGGGCAGAUACCUAACUCAGGAGACAAACAAAUCACAGACCUACAAGGAGCAGCCCCUGAAGGCGCCAGGGAAGAAAAAGAAAGCGAAGCCUGGAAAACGUAAGGAACAAGAGAAGAAGAAGAGGCGAACCCGCUCAGCUUGGCUAAAUUCUGGUGUGUACGGAGACGUCGUGACCGAGAGCCCAGCCUUGGACAUCUCUGUGACUACACAUAAUCACACUUUAAGGAGGCGCUGACAUUUUCAGCAAGAGAUAUUUGGAAGACAUAUUGCAGUAUUCUGUAAUAGUGAACAUAUGGGAAGUAUUAAAAUAUUUAUUACCUGUAAAUAUUGUAAAUGCUCAGAAUAAAACCUUCCCUCCCCUCA